GCGUGCACACGUACACACACAGCGGGGGAAGAGGCGCUCCGAGCGGCGCCCAACUUUCUCCCUGCUUCCACUGGCCCGAGGAGAAAGCAGCCGGGGCCAAUCCAGCCCCGGCCGUGCUCGGGGAGGGAUCUCGAACAAGAAAGGAGAAGAGAUGAAAAGAAUUUCCCCAGGUUUUGUGGUUUUGGUUCGAUUGGGGCUUUUUUGGUUUUUUGUUUUUUUUAACCAUUUCCAUCCGAGGACUGGAGAGUGAAGGGAACUCGGAGCCGGGCGGCGAGUAGCGCUUUGGGAAAAUUGAAGAGUGUGUUUGGAGACGCGGAAACUUGCCCUUCAAGCUCCGGCCUCCGGGGCACGCGAUGCUCCGCGGCUGGCUGACUCAGGGCUGCCUGGGCCUCCUUGCCACCCGCCUGGAAAUGAUGCAAGUCCAGUCUGUCACCUGGAUCCCUGCAGCCCAGUUUGGAAUCCGUCUGGAUUGGGGGAGGGGCGAGAAACUGGCACCCUAGGUGUUGCACGGCCCACGAAAGCGGGGCAAAAAGGAAGGGGGAAAAUGGAGCAGUUUUCAGGUCAAGUCCUAUACCUAGUGCUUCAGCUCCUAUCUUACAUAGUUUGAGGGGUUUUUUUAAUGCAAAGCGUCACAACGCCAGGAAUUCCCAUAUGUGCUCGGUUUGCCCCCAGCAUCACUGUGCCCAGGAAAGUCCUGCAAUCUGUCAAGUCCUCGGAGCUGGGAAUCUCACUGAAUUCCAAACAUCGGAAAGAGGAAACUUUCCCAGCACGACGCGGGUGUGGUUCGAGCCAGGGGCCCCGGGGAGGGGGAUGGGGACGCUGUGCCAACGCAGAGCGUCCCCUCUCGCCCGUCUCUAGCUGCAACCGGAGCUGGGAUUCGCUUUUACUUUUUAAAGUCCGUUCGGCCAUUGCCCUGGAGCACCCGCACACGCGCACGCAUCUCCGGCCGCACUCCGACACACUCACACGCACGCAAACGCGUGGCCGUCGCCAGGUCGCCAACUUUGUUCGGCGGUCCCAGCGGCGCUCGGCUUCCUCGUGUAGUAGUUGGGCGCAGGCCCCGCCUCCCGGCCGUCUUGUCAAAUGGGCGGGGGUCUCGGAUUGGUCCAGCCGCCGGGACAACACCUGCUCGACUCCUUCAUUCAAGUGACACCAGAGCUUCCAGGGAUAUUUGAGGCACCAUCCCUGCCACUGCCGGGCACUCGCGGCGCUGCUAACGGCCUGGUCACAUGCUCUCGGGAGAGCUACGGGAGGGCGCUGGGUAACCUCUAUCCGAGCCGCGGCCGCGAGGAGGGAACAGGCGAGCAAGGAGGAAGAGUGGGAGGAGAAGGGGAAGCGGCGAAGGAGGAGGAAGAGGAGGAGGGGAGCACAAAGAAUCCAGAUCUCCGGGCAGGAGGUUUACACUAAGAACCAUGUGUGCCGAGCGGCUGGGCCAGUUCAUGACCCUGGCUUUGGUGUUGGCCACCUUCGACCCGGCGCGAGGGACUGACGCCACCAAUCCGCCCGAGGGUCCCCAAGACAGGGGCUCCCAGCAGAAAGGCCGUCUGUCCCUGCAGAACACAGCGGAAAUCCAGCACUGUUUGGUCAACGCUGGCGAUGUGGGGUGUGGCGUGUUUGAAUGUUUCGAGAACAACUCUUGCGAGAUUCGGGGCUUACAUGGGAUUUGCAUGACUUUUCUGCACAACGCUGGAAAAUUUGAUGCUCAGGGCAAGUCAUUCAUCAAAGACGCCUUGAAGUGUAAGGCCCACGCUCUGCGCCACCGAUUCGGUUGCAUAAGCCGGAAGUGCCCAGCCAUUAAGGAAAUGGUGUUUCAGCUACAGCGGGAAUGCUACCUCAAACACGACCUGUGCUCCGCUGCCCAGGAGAACACCCGGGUGAUGGUGGAGAUGAUUCACUUCAAGGACCUACUGCUGCAUGAACCCUACGUGGACCUGGUGAACCUGCUGCUGACCUGUGGGGAGGAGGUGAAGGAGGCCAUCACCCACAGUGUGCAGGCACAGUGUGAGCAGAACUGGGGCAGCCUGUGCUCCAUCCUGAGCUUCUGCACCUCAGCCAUCCAGAGGCCACCCACCGUGCCUCCGGAGCACCAGCUCCAGGUGGACAGAGCCAAGCUGUCCAGGGCCCAACACGAGGAAGCGGGUCACCGCCUCUCAGAGCCCAGUAGUCGGGAGACCGGCCGAGGUGCCAAGGGCGAGCGAGGUAGCAAGAGCCACCCACAUGCCCAUGCCCAGGGGAGAGCCGCCGGCCAUGGGGCCCAAGGAACUUCUGGAAGCAGCGAGUGGGAGGAUGAACAGUCUGAGUAUUCCGAUAUCCGAAGGUGAAACGAAAAGGCUGGCCAGGAAAUCUUUCCUCCACGCCGUCCAUUUUCUUCUCUAUGGACAUUCCAAAACAUUUGCCAUUAAAGAGGGGUGAUGUCGCACGCAGGAUUUGGUGGGGACUGCGGACCUGAGGAAGCUGUGUAUUAGUGGGAUGAACAGGUGAGGCGGAGACUGCCUGGGCAGCAGCAAGGUCUGGGCCGUGCCCAGUGGGUUCCGCCCUCGCACACCCUGAGGUGAGGGUGCCACGUGUCCUCCUUGCAACUUUGUCUUCUUUCUGUCGUGGAGCCACUGGGCGGCGGCCUGCUGGGGAGGUGGAGCGGGGAGGGGACACUUGGUGCGGGUCCCCGCCCCGUAGCUUCUGGUGCUGUCUUGGCGGACAGCAGCUGGAUUCCGGUGCAGGAGUGGAUGUGAAAAUCUCCCUGCGAAACAGGAGAAGGCUGGAAAGGAGGCAAGGACCGUGUGGGUGCUUGGUGCCAAAUCGAAAUUCAGUUUCUUGUAUGGGACCUUGAGGUUUGGAGCUGCUUGGCAGGGGAGGGCGAGGGUUCUAAGUGUAAUUUCUGAGCCAUUGUUCUGUCUGGGGGACCCUGUCCGAGGGAGUGGCCCCGUGUGUUUGUAUCUUAACCACUGCUUGAAGUCUCGAUUUCACUUUUUUAUUUAUCCAGUUACAUCUACGUAUCUGUCGUCUAAAUAAAUGGCUUUCAAACAAAGCAACUGGGUUGUUAAAACCAGCUCAACGGAAAAAAAAAACCAGCCCAUCUUUCAGGGCUGAUUUUUUUAAGUGCUAUUUUAAAAGGAAUCAAAGAGCAAAGCAGCUGUCCAUCUGACUGCCUGGUGUGGGCUCAGAGCCGCUUAGGGCAAACCCACACCUGGAGGAAAAUGCACACACCAGGAGUUCGUUUGACAGACGUCCCUCAGCAUCUUCUUAUCUCACCUCGACCCUCAGCCAAGAUCGUUAAUGCACCAUACCCUGGACUCCGUGAGGCCAAGUUGGAAGGCUGCCUUCUCCGUGCUGGAGGAUGGAAGAGGGGAGAGGAGAAUGGAGACUACUCAGUAAUUUCCAUGAGGGAAUGCCGACCUUUUACAUAAAUGGAGAAGACUACCGAAAAUCGCAGAGGGACAGGAUAUUCCAGAUCCGAUUGGGAAUUUAGCAACAACGAAAAGAGUCAGCGUGGACAAGAAAAGGCAGAGAAGAGAGACAGAACUGAGAAUACAGGCAAGAAGGGAGAGGAUUAUAAUAGAAAGUGUCAGCAGUGGAUUUCUUGCGGUUACCUAAAACAUUUCAGAGAGAUGCCUUUUCUUUUCUUUCCUAAUAGGCUG